CACCUGUUCUCAUUCCAGCUGAAGGACUCCAGAUCAGUGGGAGGCACACAAGCGAAGUAUGCGGCUGGGCAGAUAAGGCAGAGCCCUGUGGAGCUGUUUCCAGGUCCGAUGGCUUGACAGCGCAGUGGCCAGGCUAACAGAUCACGGGGCCCUGUUAAUUUAGAUCCCCAUGCACUCAGCAGAGGAGCUUCCAGGUUGCAUUAUGACAACACCAGAGAAGCAGCAGGAGGAGGAGGAAGAGGUGGAAUAUGGGAGAGGAAAUGAGGAAGAAAACUGUGGUACACCGGUUGAGGAACUCACUUUCAAAGAACUAAGCUGUAUGGAUUCACAGGUUGAAGAGCUCUCCUCCAAAGAACUAAGCUGUAUGGAUGCACAGGUUGAAGAGCUCUCCUCCAAAGAAUUAAGCUGUACGGACGAUGAAAAGUAUGCCAAUAAACCCGUCGAUGGUAACACUGAAAGCAUGUACGAUACUUCCGACACGGAAUGUGUCAUCUGCUUCUGUUCCUAUGAUAAUGUCUUCAAAGCUCCAAAGGUUUUAACUUGCAAUCACACUUUCUGCCUGGAAUGCCUAGCUCGAAUCAACGUAUCUCAUGAAAAAGGCACUACUUUGGUCUGUCCUGUAUGUCGCCUAGAAACCCAGCUACCAGGAGCAAAUGGUCUACCAACUCUACAGAACAACCAGGAAAUCUUCAGGCAGCUGCCUCCAGAUAUGCAGGAUGCUAUGUCAGUUCGAUUUAACCGAAAAAAAGGACGGCUGUGGGUAAAGAGGAAGGUGGACCCAGCUUCAUUUAUUAAACCUGUUAAGGUCAACAGCGUCAGCCUCUCACUUGAUGUUGGCCGGCCACCUUCUCAGGUCAGAAGCAGGACAAUGAGGGUGCUGAGAUCAAACUGGUGUUAUUGUUUAGCCAUUUUUAUUUUCUCCCUUGUUGCAGUGAUGCUGGUGUUUGCUGGUAUCUACAUCUUUGUAGUCAUGCCAGGUUUCACAGGUUCUAGCGGCAAUGAAAACAACAACAACUCCACAGCAUGGACACCACAUAAAAAUAACAGUAGAUCCUGUGGCAACAUUGAUUGUAAUUAGUGUACCAAUCUAGCAACCCUGGUGGAGAUCCUGGACCUGAUGCAGAUCAAGAGAUUAUCCCAUAAAAGAAAAAAAAAAAAGGGUUCAGAAAAAACUCAGAAGAUAAACCAGGGACUUGUACACCAAGGAUUUAUGAAGUUAACACAUAAACAUAAGGACUAGUGACCCCUGUUGUCCCACACUCACUGGGUUACUUUAGUAUGCAAAUAAAAAGACCUUUGAUCAAGCAGCUAUUGCUGUUGCUACUAAAAUGAAGUCCAAGAAAAAUUUUGCCUUCAAGUUUCUUGGCAUAUCCAGAAUCCAGACAUGGCAUCUAAAUUAGAAGUGAAACGUCUUCUGGUUCUUCCUCAGAUUGGACAAUUUAUAUUCUGUUUCGUCUAAACUGUUGGUAUGAGUUUAGAGGAAGAGCAUUGGAUAAAAUAUAUAUAUAUAUAUAUAUAUAUAUAUAUAUAUAUAUAUAUAUAUAUAUAUAUAUAUAUAUAUAUAUAUGCUGGUGAUGUUUUCUUUCAGCAUUGACGUCAGCGCCUCUCCUUCGCAAAGGAGCAAUGACCCUCUAGCAAUGCAGUCCUGCCACUUUGCACAUUUGCCGCGUGAUUCAUAACCCUGUCUACCAAAAAACAAAAUUUUUUCUAUAUCAGGAGGAGCUACUGAAAGGUGUGUGGCAACAUCAUGCAGCAGGAAGUCUUCUUCUAAAAAAAAAACAAACCUCAUUGUAAACUAAGGGUAUCAAUGAAAAACAAAGUGUGAGAAAAUAAAAAUGACGUUGCAACAUUACCUGCUUGUUUACACACAGCCACAGGGG